AUGAGCUUGAAAACAGGCCUUGAAGCAUGGGCGGGGCUAGGGAAGCUCUUACAACUCAACAAAGCGGGUAUUUUAAUGCUUAACACGGGGGCUAGAGCUGAGGUAAGUGCAUCUGAUUCUUCCUUUGCAACCGGGGAUGAAAAUCUGGAACAUUCCUUGGCAGCGAGUGAAACGAUCAAACAGGCCUUUACUAAAAACAAGAAUGAUAGAUUCAGGAAACAGCGAGUAGAGGGAUUGCAACACCCUUACUUCGGACGCCAAAAAGAGGAUGAGAGGGAAAGGCACCACGCGGUUAAGAAGCUGAUAGAGAAGCAACUGAGCAUGGACAUCCUCACUGUGUUAUUCGUCUUCAGAAUCCUUGCUGUAUCUUCCACCGAUGAUAUUUCCUAUAGCUUGCUGGUAUUGGACCUUUCUUCUGAGAUUGGGAUGAGGAAUUGGAGCUGGGCUGCUUUCAAACCUGAAACAGGUCCAGGUCUUGGAAUCGGGCUAGGAGCAGCUAUUGAAUUUGUUUAUGGCGGUGUGAUAAUGCCAGUCGAAAGGGAAAGGCGAUGA